AUGGCAUGGGAAGGAGGAUUCGAGCCUAACGGCACAGAGGGAAAGAAUUUUUACAUCCCCAUGUCCAACAGGACUGGGAUUGUUAGAAGUCCUUUUGAAUACCAGCAGUACUACUUGGCAGAUCCUAUCAUGUUCAAGCUUCUGGCUUUCUACAUGUUCUUCCUGAUCUGCACUGGGACCCCCAUCAAUGGUCUGACAUUGGUGGUAACGGCUCAGAACAAAAAACUGCGGCAACCUUUGAACUAUAUCCUGGUCAACCUGGCUGUAGCUGGACUCAUCAUGUGCGCCUUUGGAUUCACCAUCACCAUCACAUCUGCGGUCAAUGGCUACUUCAUUCUUGGAGCAAAUUUUUGUGCCAUUGAGGGAUUCAUGGCUACACUUGGAGGUGAAGUCGCUCUCUGGUCCUUGGUGGUCCUGGCUGUUGAGAGAUACAUCGUUGUCUGCAAACCCAUGGGAAGCUUCAAAUUCACUGGAACCCAUGCAGGAGCUGGAGUUCUUUUCACCUGGAUCAUGGCUAUGGCCUGUGCUGCCCCCCCUCUUUUUGGCUGGUCAAGGUACCUUCCUGAGGGAAUGCAGUGCUCCUGUGGACCCGACUACUACACUCUGGCUCCAGGCUUCAACAAUGAAUCAUAUGUCAUUUACAUGUUUGUGGUGCACUUCUUCCUCCCAGUGUUCAUCAUUUUCUUCACAUAUGGAAGCCUCGUCCUGACUGUCAAAGCUGCUGCCGCUCAGCAGCAGGAGUCAGAGUCCACCCAGAAAGCCGAGAGGGAAGUCACACGUAUGUGCGUCCUGAUGGUGUUUGGCUUCUUGACGGCAUGGACACCGUACGCUACCUUUGCUGGCUGGAUAUUCAUGAAUAAGGGAGCUUCCUUCACAGCCUUGACAGCUGCUAUUCCUGCCUUUUUCGCAAAGAGCUCAGCAUUGUACAACCCUGUGAUCUAUGUGCUGAUGAACAAACAGUUCCGUAACUGCAUGCUGAGCACUAUUGGAAUGGGUGGCAUGGUGGACGAUGAGACCUCAGUUUCAGCAAGCAAGACAGAAGUGUCCUCUGUAUCUCAAGGUUAA